ACAACAAUGGCGGACGAGGUGAUCCUUCUGAGUUUCUGGCCGAGCAUGUUCGGAAUGAGGACGAUGAUCGCCUUGAAGGAGAAAGGAGUGAAGUAUGAGUACAGAGAAGAGGAUCUUGUCAAUACAAAAGUCCCUUUGCUUCUAGAGAUGAAUCCGAUUCACAAGAAGAUCCCAGUUCUCAUCCACAACGGUAAAUCCAUCUGCGAAUCUAUCAUUCAGGUCCAGUACAUCGACGAGCUCUGGUCCGACAAGAACCCAUUUCUUCCUACUGAUCCUUACCAGAGAGCUCAGGCCUUAUUCUGGGCCGAUUUCAUCGACAAGAAGGAUCAAUUGUAUGUUUGUGGGAGAAAGAUUUGGUCAACGAAGGGUGAGGAGCAAGAAGCGGCCAAAAAGGAGUUUAUGGAAAUACUCAAGAUUCUUCAAUCUGAGCUCGGAGAUAAACCUUACUUUGGCGGCGACAAAUUCGGGUUUGUAGACAUUGUCCUGAUAGGAUUCUACUGCUGGUUUCCUGCAUACCAGAAGUUUGGCAACUUCAGCAUCGAGCCAGAGUGUUCAAAACUGAUGGCUUGGGGCAAGAGGUGUAUGGAGAGGGAGAGUGUGGCUACGUCCUUACCUGAUCCUGAUAAAAUUGUUGGAUUCGUUUUACAGUUUAAGAAGUUAUAUGGGAUCGAGUAAGCUAUGUGAUCUCUUUGAAUGGUUUCUCUGUUCUGUUUUAGAUCUUUCAGUGUGUUGUCUGUUUCUUUAGGUUUUGGUGUUUCUAAUAAUGCAGAGUGUAUCUGUAAAGUGAAGUGUUGUUCUGAAAUUUGGUCGCUUUGUUUUCUUGA